GGCUGCUGAUGAACAAGAAAUUAAGAAAUUUGCUGCCAAAGUCUCAAUCGCUCUUUUUUUAUUAUUUCGCGCUGCACCUUGGAGGGACAGAAACACUGUUUAUUUUCGUUCAAAAGUUUCCUUAUCGAGAAGAGUGAAGAAAACGGGGGAAGAAAUUAAUUUAAAAUUCAAAUAUUUAAACUCCACUCCGCUGUGAGCAGAAAAAAAGGUAGUGAAAAACAGCACAAUUGACGUCGUCUUCGGGACGGACUUGCAAAAUCAGCGAAAAAGAUAUGGCUGCCAGAGGAAAGUGUCUGCCAUCUUGGUGCUGCAGCUAAGAACCGGUGAAACGUGGUGCCUGCAAGCUUAGAUUAGAUAGUGCAACGGAAGCUCAACGCGAAGAUUUGCUACCAUAGACCGCCGCCAAGAUGAUGGAUGCACCGGUGAAUUUCAAUGAAGCCGGCUACCUCGGGAGCUUCUUGUCGAACAGCCUCAAGACCAACCAGCUGGAGGUCAACACCGACUCGAAGACGCUCCGCCCGAUCGCUCGCCUCAAGGAGCCGCGGGAACUUUUCGCACUGCCGAAGGAACGGGACUAUGACUGCCCCCAGCAGGCCCCCAGAUGGCCGAUCGAGUGCCAGGUCCAGGAGGAACGCAUCUACCACAUCAACUACGCCCCGGACACACCGGAACCGUACUACCAACCGACGGGCAAGGAGCUGCAGCCCCGCCCGGUCGGCGAGGAAAAUGGCGUAAUUCUGUUCAACUACAAUCCUACCAGCGCGGUUCAUUACAACACUACCCCGGGCUGUACAGAUCUUGGGCCGAGCUCUGCCACUAACGAUGAUGCCUUGCCCAAAGCGACCAGAACUGCCGACUCGGACAAUGAAUCCGAUUCGAGUAAUCUCUCCUUUCCGUGCGGGCAGGAUCGCCGAUACUGCAACGGCCGGUCGUACGACAGUCCGGACCUGGACGUGGACGAUGACUCGCGGUGGCACUACUACGGGUACACCGAUGACGAAGAAGAGGAGGACUGCUGUGGCGGCAGCAGUUCUUCCUCAGACGAAGAAGAAGCCGCCAACAACGUUCUACGCUACGAACCUAGCGAGUUUGGUACGGAGUUGUCGUACAACCAGAUCAACGACGAAUCGGAGAUCUUCACCCGGGAACAGCUGGCACGAAUGGCCCUCGAGUCGCAAUCAGAGCCUACAGUCGUCAAAGACGACGAGGAGGACGAAGAGGACGAAGAAGACAGUGCAAAACGUCCAAGAACGCGUCCAAGGCCGGUCAAGCCCCAGUCCACGUCGGACAACUUUUACGCCAGCGGUCCCGAAACGGACUCGGAGGGUGAACAGAGCAAGCACGAGAUCGAGUCGAGUCCACCACGACGGCGACGACGAUCACCACUACACAACAACACAACAACCUCAGCAACAUCAACAACACCUCCAACAACAACAACAGCAAAAACAUCACCAAACUGUUGCGAACCCGAAGAUGACCCCGUUGUUCCCGUUCCGCAGUUUAGCCGGUCGACGGUGGGCGGAUCGAAGGCACAGCCGACGGCCCACCCGAACGCGUUCGAGCCGGACGAUCUGAUCUUCGAGUCGCGCUUCGAGAGCGGGAACCUGGGCCGGGCGAUCAAGAUUACGCCGACGUACUACGAGCUGUACCUGCGGCCGGACAUGUACACGAACCGGCACACGCAGUGGUUCUACUUUCGCGUGAAGAACACGAAGGCGAAGACGGUGUACAGGUUCUCCAUCAUCAACCUCACCAAGCCGGACAGUCUGUACAAGGAGGGCAUGCGGCCGCUGAUGUACUCCACGCUGGACGCCGAGUACAACCACCUGGGGUGGCAGCGGUGCGGCGAGAACAUCGCCUACUUCCGGAACGACACCGACAAUGGCUACAACCACAGCAACUACCACCACCGGCCGCUGGACGACGACGACGACGAGUUCGUGGGCAACGCGUCCUUCACGCUGUCGUUCAACAUCGAGUUCCGGUACGACGACGACACGGUCUUCUUCGCGCACAGCUACCCGUACACGUACAGCGACCUGCAGGACUACCUGAUGGGCAUCCAGCGCAAUCCGGUCAAGUCCAAGUUCUGCAAGCUGCGGCUGCUGUGCCGCUCGCUGGCCGGCAACAACGUGUACUACCUGACCGUGACGGCGCCGUCCACGCACGACGAUGACAAUCAGAAGAAGAAGAAAGCGGUAAUCAUCAGCGCACGUGUUCAUCCUGGCGAGAGUCCUUCGUCGUGGAUGAUGAAGGGCCUCAUGGACUUUAUCACCGGUGAUUCAUACGUGGCGAAGAAGCUUCGCCACAAGUUUAUCUUUAAGCUAGUGCCUAUGCUCAACCCGGACGGCGUGAUCGUGGGGAACACCCGGAGUUCGCUGACCGGGCGCGACCUGAACCGCCAGUACCGGACGGUGAUCCGGGAGACGUACCCCUCGAUCUGGAACACGAAGGCCAUGAUUAGAAGACUGAUGGAGGACUGCGGCGUGGCCAUGUACUGCGACAUGCACGCCCACUCGCGCAAGCACAAUGUGUUCAUCUACGGGUGCGAGAACUUGAAGCGACAUCCGGACCGGCGGCUGCUGGAGCAGGUCUUCCCGCUGAUGCUGCACAAGAACGUCGCCGAUAAGUUUUCCUUUGAAAACUGCAAAUUUAAGGUCCAGAAAAACAAGGAGGGCACCGGCCGGAUCGUGGUCUGGGUGCUGGGCGUCACCAACAGCUACACGCUGGAGGCGUCCUUCGGCGGAAGCACCAUGGGAGGUCGGGCAGGGACGCACUUUUCCACGGCGGACUACGAGCACAUUGGCCGGGCCUACUGCGAAACGCUCAUGGACUACUACGACGACAACCCGAUAAAAGAGAAACUCCGGAUGAAGAUUCUGACCCGGCUGUCGAAGGAGGGUUCCAGCGCGGAGGAACCGCUCAACAUCCCGCUGUCGGACUACUCGAGCGACGAAGGCGACACCAGCACGAGCAGCUCGGAGGAUGAAGCCGGCAAAGACAGCAUGGCGGAACUGGAGGGACCGUGCUGUUCCUCGCUCAAGGUGCCUCCUUCCUCACCCGUGCUGCCGCAAAAGUUCAAAGGAAACAAAAAGGGCAAAAAGCAGAGCCGCACGCCGACCCGGCCGUAUCGGCGCCGAUCGCGCAGCGCCCACCGCAUCGUGCUGGACAUCCCGACGGCGGAACCGGCCAGCGACUUUUUCGACUUCACCUCGGACGACGAGGAGUCGCCGUCGGCGCCGUGGGGUGGCCACCCGAUGGCCGUGUCCGACACGGAGAACACCGUCAAGCGCAACUUCCGGCGCUGGCACAAGUGCCGCGCCUCGGACCGCAUCCGGAAGCUGACGGCGCUGGGCUGCGAGACGCAGUACCUGAUGCCGCCGGAGUUGAUCGUGCGGUCGGCCGCGAGCCGGUACCUGUCCGAGGAGGACGAGGACGACAAGAACAAGAUGGUGAUGAGCAUCAUCAAGGAGUUUCCGCCGAUCAUCAACAAGGAGCGCAGCUGGCAGGGGUUCAACCGGGCGGAUAGGCAUCGCGACCUCAUGAAGGCCAUCAGCCCGGACCACUUCCAGGGCCACAGCCACAGCGCCCUGUCGCUCAAGCGGUCCAUCUGGACCGGAACGCAAUCGGACGGGUACGUCAACGAGGCCAUCUUCAACAACUCGCGCCCGCUGUCCUGGGGCGUUCCGCCCGUCCUCGUCAAAUCGACCUACUUUGACAACGAAGCUCUACUGACUGCCUGCUCGCAAAAGCUGGCCGCCUGGAAGGACGAAAAGCGCUCGAUGAAGGAGAAACACCACAAAAGUAUGUCCCGGCUGCAGGCGGCGGCGGCUGCCGCUGCCGCAGCUGCCGGAUCGUCCUCCUCCAACAAGGAGAACCGCUCGUCGACGGCCGGCAGCGGUACGAAGCUGAAGCUGUCGCUCGCCGAGCAGUACAGUGCCGCUGGGAAGAGCAGCCGGCAGUCGGACAAGAAGCAGCAGAACGAUGGCGAAACGGCGACGACGACGAGUGGGAUCGCCAAAGUGAGGAGGAAAACGAGAUCCACCCUCAACAAGAUCGUCGAAAAGGCCGAACUGAUCACUCACCUGUCGCGCAGCGCUCGCUCCUCCGGCACUCACUCGCGUCGAAUUUCCGCGGCCGGUUUCCUCAGCACAACCACCAACAACAACGGUUCCCCCCGCAAAGCCACCAGCACUAGCAACCUACUCGCCGCCGCUGCCGGCUCACCCUCAACCCCACUGCUAGUCUCGAGUCAAUCACUGCGGACGCCGAACCACGACCCGUCCACCACCAGCACCGCUCGUUCCGGUCACCGGUUCCGAACCGGCGGAAUCGUCGUGACCGCGGCACAGCCUCUGCCGAAGCAGCGAAGAGCGCACCUGCGGAGUGGCCUCACCGGCGCCCGGACCAGCAACAACUCGCCCACGAAACUGCCCACACCGACCACGACCACAAUCGAUAUCCAGCUGACCACACUCUGCUCCGAGACGGAAUCUGAAAAAAAUUUGAAAAUCAUUAGCAGCAAGAAGCACAAGAAGAAGCGGACUGCCGGCGGAACGGGAACGGGUGGGACCGGUUCCAGGGACAAGUCGACGAUCAAGAUUCUGACCUGACCCUGGGGCGGCGGCCACCGUUGAGUCCGGUUCCGGCAACUGUAUUUGAUUUGAUUUGUGUUUUAAUUUGGUGAAAAUUUUUCAGUAGGAAAGUCUUAUCAAAAAGAGCAAUAAACAAGCAAAAAAUAGUUUUAGAAAACUGUGAAAUUGAA